AUGAACAGUACUUCCAAUGAAAACACGUUUAAAAUUCUUGCUCAAGGAAAUGAUUAUCUUUCUAUUGAAGCAACGGUGUCUGCAAUUAAUAAUGUAAUUUAUUCUGCGUCUCAUCCAGAAGAAACUCAUGGACCAUCAAGAAAAGAACUUUUAUCAUCAUUUUUUAAUUCAGCAAUAACAACUCUAUACACACCAUUAAUGGCAGUUGCAACAGACAUAAAUGGAAAUGGAAAAAUUUCAAAAGAAGAGUUUAAGAGAACAUUAGACAUUAUUCAACAAUAUGGACUUAAUAAAAAUUCUGAACUUAAUCUUGCCAAUGCAGUACUUUUUUGUAUUCUUGAUUUAAACAAUGAUGGUAAAAUACCAACUGAUGACAUGAUAUGUUUUAUUGUUAAAAUGUCACAACAACAACCAUCAGAAGAAUCAAAAGAAGAAGUCAGAUCUAUUAUCGAUCCAUCACAUAAAGGGUAUGUUGAAUUAAAAGACUUUAUUAAAGCAAUGAAUAUGUAA